ACCAAACAAGUUUUUCAGAGGUGAUAUCAUAUCUUGAUUUCAACAAUGAGUUACUACAACAACCAGUAUCAAGCUUCAGCAGGAGUAUAUCCUCCACCACCUACUUCAUAUCCACCAGCACCUGGUUCAUAUUAUCCACCAAAGCAGGAGGUGUAUCCUCCUCCUCCUCCUCCACCACAGUUUUAUCCACCACCAGUGCAAGGGUACUAUCAAGCCGGUCCUUAUGUUGCACCACCUCCAGUUAGUUACCCUAUGAAAUAUGGUCCUCAACACCACCAACAGCCACCUCCUCCUCCUCCUCCAGAAAGAACUAAUAAGAGGGGUGAUGGAUACUGCACAGGAUGGUAACUGAGCAUUUUUUUCCCUUUUUAUUUAAAUAAUGAUUCACUGUGUGCCUAUUUAUUUAUUUAUCUUUUUCCUAUGUGACACAGUUGCGCUGACUUAUGUUGCUGCUGCCUCUUGGACAUGUGCUUUUAAGGACGAUGAAUGAUUCUUUGUAAAAUUUGCAGCUUAUAAUUGUUUCCCUUGUGUUUCUUGUCGCAAAUCAUAAUUAUUUUUGCUCUUUUUAUGUCACUGUACGUACAAUGUAUUCUUUAUUCACUCAAUAUCCUUCCUCUUUGAUUAAUAGGCAGGUAAUAUUUGGUA